ACCCUCAAUUCCCCGAGCGGUUUUAGUUCUAAAAGGCACUCCCGUCUUUGCAAUGCUUAAUUGUUCUGCAGCCAGAGCAGUUAGUGGAUUCCACUUCAUCGUUGCGUCCAGAGCGGGUAGUCCAGAUGUGCAAAGGACCACUCCGUUAAGACGUCAGCUCGUACUAAUUUUGCUCAUCAAUCAUCUUCCUAUACAUUUCUAUGACGAUCCAGGUUCUUGAUGUGCAACGUACCCAUGGAUUCGCCGGUUGGUCCGCCGAGUUGGCGUGGCACUAUCUCCCCCAAUCCCGGUGCCUCAUAUCGUGCCUGCUGACCUGGGAAAUGUUGAUCGGGUUGGUGCUUCCCAGAUAUAUACCGAAAAGCAGCCCCUCCACUUUAAAUAUCGCGCGGAACAGAUGGCAGUUUCAUGUCCCCUCUGACCUCGCCACUUACUUGCUUCCACUUGCUGUACAUCUUUACUUUGCUUACAAUUACAACCAUCCCCGACAAUGGACGCAGACGACGAGGUCGCACGACCUGAGGCAGAACGACCUGAGGCAGACCCCGCUUUGGGAGACGGGCACGUUAGAAAGACGACAGCGACACGCGUCAUCGACCAAACUGAUGGAUUGGUCUCCAGGAGGACACGAUCGAUGUCAGAUAUCUUCACUAUCAUCUGCGCUGGCUUUGCUCUCAUCUCGGACGGGUACCAGAACAACCUGAUGACCAUGGCCAACGUGCUCUUCAAAGAGGAAUACCCCAAGGAGUACACAUCAGCGAUCAGCACUCAGGUCUCAAACUCAUUGCUGGUCGGUGAAGUAUUGGGCCAGGUCGUCGUUGGACUUACAUGCGACUACCUUGGACGCAAAGUCGCAAUUAUCCUAACCACGACACUGAUCGUGGUCGGAGGAAUCAUUGCUACGGCAUCCAGCGGCACGACUGUUCAAGGCAUGUUCUGGAUGAUGACCAUCGCUCGAGGGAUUGUUGGAUUUGGAGCAGGUGGUGAAUAUCCGGCCUCAAGCACGUCCGCUUCCGAGAGUGCAAACGAACAAACACCCAAGCACCGAGGUCCAAUCUUCAUUUUGGUCACGAACCUACCAUUGUCGUUCGGCGGACCACUUGCUGUUUCGAUAUUCCUGAUUGUCUUAAGCGCGGCCUCUAACCACCUUGAGACGACAUGGCGAGUUUGUUUUGCCAUUGGUUGCAUCUUUCCCCUGAGUAUCUUCUACUUUCGACUGAAGAUGUUGAACUCGAAGCUCUACCGCCGCGGCGCUAUCAAAAGAAAUGUACCAUAUGGUCUCGUCCUGCGUUACUAUUGGAAAACUCUCAUCGGCACGUGUGGAGCCUGGUUCCUGUACGAUUUUGUCACCUUCCCCAACGGUGUCUUCUCUGGGACUAUCAUCGCGUCAGUGGUACCAAAGACAGGGAACAGCAUCCUCUCGACUGGGGAGUGGCAAUUGCUUCUGGGUGCCAUCGCACUUCCGGGUGUCUUGGUUGGUGCAUUUCUCUGCGAUCGUAUUGGCCGCAAGAACACUAUGAUGCUGGGGUUCUCAGGCUACCUGGUGUUUGGCCUCAUCAUCGGCUGUGCAUACGACAAGAUCACUCACAUCAUUCCCCUUUUCGUCAUUUUCUACGGCCUGAUGCAGAGUUCGGGCAACUUGGGACCGGGUGAUAUGCUUGGUCUUCUGAGCUCCGAGAGCUACGCAACUAGCAUACGAGGCACCUGUUAUGGCUUCAGUGCGGCAAUCGGCAAAACGGGAGCCGCCGUCGGAACCCAAGCUUUCACACCCAUCGAAGAACGUUUCGGCAAGCGGUGGACUUUCAUAGUGGCUGCUAUCUGCGGCGUGGUGGGUAUUUUGGUCACGUACUUCUUCAUUCCGAAUAUCACGGGUGAGGAUUUACAGAAGCGUGACGAUGCUUUCCGGGCAUAUUUGAUCGAGCAGGGCUGGGAUGGUGAGAUGGGUGAGGGCAACUUGAAACUUCACGCUCAGCAGGUAGAUAGUUCCAUAGCCGUACAGUAGCCAGCUUUAGAGGUGGUGUAACGAAAUGAUCCGGUGUUCAUCUUUCCGGAGUUAUUUGGAUAGAGGACAGGCUGACUGAAGUUACGAUAUUAAACGAGCC